GAGUGGAUACUAUGCUCUGAACUGAUAAAAGAUUGUAGAUGUUGGAGGACAAUGAGAGUGAGCUGAGUGAGAAGGAGAAGGCACAGCAAAGGGAAUGAGACCAGAGCAUUUGUGUCAACAGUCUAAAUAACAGUUUGAUUGAAGUUUUAAGGCAUUUUGCCCAAGAAUGGCAACUUCUUGGCUAUUUAAACUUUUUCUCUGCGUGUUUCUGAUGGCGUGUGGAGGCUUGAGCCUGCCGAGUGAAGAAGCAGAAACCCAAAACACACAAAGAGACACUGGGACGGGCUCAAGUUCUAACGCAACUGGAGAUGGUGGUUAUGGAGCGGCAGCCAUCACUACACUGCGUAUUGUGUCCUGGAAGUGGCAUCACAUCACUGCACCGUACCUGGUGGCCGUGUGGAUCCUGGUUGCCUGGCUCGGCAAACUCAUCAUUGAGUCCAACCAUCAUGUCACCAGCGUCAUACCCGAGAGCGCCCUGCUCAUCUGCUUCGGUUUCAUGUUGGGUGGAAUGAUUUGGGGUGCAGACAAGGUGCAAACCUUCAUGCUGACCCCGACAGUCUUCUUCUACUUCCUGUUGCCUCAAGUCAUUCUGGACGCAGGCUACCACAUGCCAAACAAACUGUUCUUUACCAACCUGGGUGCCAUCUUGGUCUAUGCUGUCAUUGGGACCUGCUGGAAUGCCGCCAGUUUGGGGCUGUCGCUGUGGGGGUGUCACAUGGGAGGACUCAUGGGUGACCUGGACAUCGGUCUGCUGCAGUAUCUUCUUUUCGGCAGUCUGAUGGCUGCUGUGGACCCCGUGGCCGUCAUCGCUGUGUUUGAGCAGGUCCAAGUUAACGGUGUCCUCUUUAUCAUAGUGUUUGGAGAGUCGCUGCUCAACGACGGCGUAACAGUGGUGCUCUUCAAUGUUUUUGAUGGAUUUGUGUCACUGGGAGGAUCCCAAAUUGAUGUUGCAGAAAUUGUUAAAGGAAUAGUUUCCUUCUUUGUGGUUGCAUUUGGUGGUUCCCUUGUGGGCAUAGCAUUCGGCAUACUAAUUUCACUUCUGACCAGAUUCACAAAAAACAUCCAGAUCAUCGAGCCAGGCUUCAUCUUUGUCAUGGGAUACCUUUCCUACCUGACUGCUGAGAUGCUUUCUCUGUCUGCUAUCCUUUCGACUGUCUUCUGCGGUGUGUUAUGUCAGAAGUACGUCAGAGCAAACAUGCAUGAGCAUUCAGUCCAAACUGUCAAAUAUGCCAUGAAGGUUUUCGCCAAUGGAUCAGAAACCAUCAUCUUUGUUUUCCUCGGUAUCUCGGCCAUCGAUAAGGUUAUCUGGGUUUGGAACACGGGCUUCAUCCUCCUCACAGUCUUCUUCGUCUUUGUGUAUAGAUUCAUUGGUGUGUUUUUCCUCACCUGGAUCCUCAACAGGUACAGGCUGGUCCCGCUGGAAUUCAUAGAUCAGGUGAUUAUGAGCUACGGUGGCCUACGAGGAGCUGUUGCGUAUGGCCUGGCUGGGAUGCUGGAUGAAAACAAGAUAAAAGAGAAAAACCUGAUGGUCUGCACUACACUCAUUGUGGUGUACUUCACUGUCAUCUGGCAGGGAAUAACGAUGAAACCUCUGGUCACGUGGCUGAAAGUAAAGAGAGCUGAAGUGAAUGAGCUCACACUCCUAGAAAAAAUGACAAACAAGAUGUUUAAUCACACUCUGGUUGCCAUAGAAGACAUAUCAGGACAAAUAGGACACAACUACUUGAGGAGCAAGUGGAAGUCUUUUGAGGAGAAGUGGAUGUCGAGGAUUUUGAUGAAGCCAUCUGCAAGGAAGAAACAAGAUGAAGUUUUUAAUGUCUUCCAUCAGCUUAACCUCAAGGAUGCCAUGGAAUACGUGGCUGAAGCCGAGCGUAGAGGCUCACUGGAAUUUAUCCGUAAAGAAAGUGUCGUUAUUAAUUUCAGGAAAAAGUUUGAAAGUGAAUACUCAGAGGACAUGCCUGACAUGAGGGCGAACAUGUCAAAUGGUCACCGUGCAACGUCCACUAUGAGAGAGCAUAUUCCAUCAGUGAGUGUGGAAAUGCACAAGCACACCAUGAAGGCUAUGACGGAAGCUGAGGCAGUUAACGCUCACCACCUUCUGGAUCAGCAUCUCUACAAGAGCAGGGAUCAGCAUCGUCACGGGUUCAGUCGCAGCGAUUUCAUAAUCAACAAAGAUGAGAAAGAAGUCCAGGAGAUCCUCAAGAGAACCAUGAAGAACCGAAUGGAUUCAUUCCAGUCUGCAAAGAUGGGCGGUUCACCAAAGACAGUCAUCAAGCACACAAAGAAGGAACACCAGCAGAAGAUGCCAAAAGGAAAGUCAGUAAGCCAGACUAAACUCUAUUCGUGUGAUGAAGACUUUGAGUUCUCAGAGGGAGAUAGCGCUUCUGGCUAUGACUUGCCAUACCCUUCUUUCCCCAUGAGAGAUUCCAGACCAGGAGGUGGGAUUGAGAACUCAGCCUUUGUGUCAGAUCUGAACCCCAUGGAUUCAUUGCAGACCCCUGAUUGGUUGGCAGAGGGUGAGCUUGACAGCAGCAUGGUGGCUCCAUCACUGCGAGGCCAGGCAAGCCCGCCCAGUUCACCGAUCAAAAUGCGCCGCCUGGGCCUUCUUCGUAUCAGCACUCGCUCUACUGACACAAAGCAGAUGAACAAUGAUCAAUUGCAACCUCCCCCAACACCUCCUCCCCCUCCUCCUCCCAGUGGCCACAUGUAACUGGAUCCCAACCCCAACACCUUGUUCUAUCUGAACCUGGAACAAAGACACAAAACAAAUCUCAGACUAAUUAACCAUCUACUCUCAUACUGUUUUCUUUUCCAUGUGUUUAGCUUCUGUGUUUCUUCACAAAACAUUUGUAUUCUUCAAAGGCCCCCUGCUGUUUUUAGGUUCACCCUUCACUUGGAAAAACUGCACUGAAACAUAUCCUUUAUCUUCAUCAUAAAGGAUAUGUUGAACACUGUCAUAUAAUCCGCACCUCCAAAUCAAAUGACCAAUUUAAGCUGACAUAGCAACAAGCAUCAGCCACGCUGAGUCUCCAUUUCAACUUAAAGUUCAGACUUAAAACUUUAUGCCAAUGUUAAAUUGUAUCGAUAGGCCAAUUAAAACAGAGUUAUGAUGCAAAAAAACAUACGCAAUGCUUUUUUCUGAAUACCAUCGUCAUGUUUAGUGCAGGAAGAAACGGUAAAAGGCAUUUUCUAAGAACAGCACGAAAUAAAUUGGAAAAAAUGCCACCCCUUCCCCAUUCCUACUGGAGGAAAAAAUGUACCAUGUUGACUAGUCAAAAAAAAUUAUAUGGCAACACAUGGAAUUUGGUUGUUAAGCAAAAGGGGGAAAUUUUGGGAGUGAUGGCGGUGCGAAAGAGCGAGCGAAAGAGAGAAAUAUCAACAGCGAGUUUUGAGAUGUGUGACGUUUAGUGUGUUAGGAGUGUGUAGCAAGUGUGUAGUGUAGUCGUUGUUUUGCUGUGUGUGUUAUUGUCACAAUUACUGCUAAAAAUCUUCUAAAGCCAGAUUGCAAUGUAAACGCUGUCUGUCUCCAGGUGGAAAACACGAGCAGCGAUACACCUCCUGCUGUCAGGCCUGCAGGGUUUAGGCCUGUGGUGUUCUUCUCUUUCUUGUGGCAGACAAACUAUUUUUUACACUGCCACAAAUAAUUUGUGUGAUAUCACACAACUGAUUAUUCUGUCAUUUUAGUUUUAGUAGUAUUUUUGAUUGUUGUACCAAAGGCCCCAGGGCAUUGGCUGCAUUUUUAGGUAAAAAAAAUAAAAAAAAAAAGUUCAAAUUCAAAUUCAAAUUUUAUUUGUCACACACACAACCAUACACAGUAUGACAUGAGGUGAAAUGCUUGUAGCUGUGCAAUGCCCGACCAUUAAAUGACAGUGGUUUUACAGUA